AGAGAGGCUAGGACAAGGAAGAGAGAGACCUGAAGAGACAUCUAAGAAGGAGCAGCCUGAACUUCCCCUGCUCCCAACGAGCUCAGCGCCAUGGACACUAAAGGCUCAUUCUCCUGUGGCUUCCUCUUGCUGCUUCUCAUCCAGUUCCAGUCCAGCAGAGCCAACCCUAUCUACAGCCUUAGCCCUGCCAAAGAACUGGCCAGCAUGGAGGCUCUUUUGGAGAAACUGGAGGAUAAAUUUGCAAUGAUUGAAGCCCUGGAGUCCAAUCCUGAUCUGCAAGAGCCCAAAACCCAAGAGGAGAUCCCACCAGAAUUUGGAGAUGACAGUGAUGACCAGAAGAUUGAAUCCAGACUAGCACCUAGCACCCCUCUAUCCUACAGGAACCCCUUCCUUAAGAGAAUGAGGGGGCUGCAGAUGCCCAGGAUGAUGAGAGAUUCUGGCUGCUUUGGGAGAAGAAUUGACAGAAUUGGUUCCCUGAGUGGAAUGGGUUGCAACGGUUCCAGGAAGAAUUAGGAAAACCUCGCCACCCCGUGCUAUGAAGACUGCUUUACAGUAUCCGUUCCUCCCACCAUGAAAGCCAGAAACUUUCUAAACUCUUCGAUGGAAAGUUAUUCUUAUUUUUAUUUAUUUAUUUAUUUAUUUAUUUGAAGUUUUUUAAAGAACAUUUCUUACUCUAGCACCAAGAGACCAUCUUUAAAUAAAACUAACACAUUAGAUAUGUAUGCUGAACUUCUCUCCUGUCUGUUACAUUAAACCUUCACAUAUUUUUCU